AUGCAAUAUUUGUUUGAAUUUGUUCUAAUUACUAAUUUCAUGUUCUAAAUAAUAUUAUGUGAAACAAUUAACUGUUAAAUUUCAAUAUUGGAGCCUGAAGAAAUAUUUUUUGUAAAAAAGGAUAAUACAUUAAUAAUCUAAAGCGAUGAAAAUGAUUUACAAGCUUUAAAUUAUGGGAAUUAUGAUAUUAUUAAAGAAUCAUUAAGAAGUAAAAAUGUUGGAUCAGAAGAAAUAAUUUCAACAUAAAUGAUUGAAAUAAAUAAUAUUUUUUCAGUUUUUGAUAAGCUUUUUUGCUUAUUUAAAAAAUCUGAUUAUUAUUUUAUCACUUGUAUAAAAGUAAAGAAUAUUAAUGAAGAUGGAAGAGAAAAUUUUAUAGAAUAAAAUAAACUCUAAAUAUUUUUAAAUGUCAAAGUUGACAAUAAAUGCGAUUAAUUUUAUUUCUAGGAAAAUUUUGAAUUUAUUGUAUUUUGCUUUUAAGAUUUAUUUUUGAAAUUAUACAGCAUUGAUUUUGAAAACAAAACAAAAUUGUUAGUGUAAUUUAAUAUAGAAUAAGAUAAUAGGUAUACUUUAUGUAAAAGAAAAUACUUUAUAAUAUCUGAUCAACAUUAUUUGAUUGCAUUCUUUCAAUGUCAAAAUUGGGGAGUAUUUACUUAUUAUAACGAAUAAUUAAAUGUAACUUUAAAUGAAUAAAUAGCAUAAAAUAAUUAUUCAUAAUAAAUAAAUUAUCUAGAGAAUAUUGAUUUAUGUUAACAAAAUUAGUUAUUUCUUAUUACAGAAACUAAUUAUUUCACAUUUAUAAUUUAUGAGAAUAACUCGUUAACUUUUCAAAUAGUUUUCAAAAAUUUUUUAAAUUUAAAAUAGGUUUUACUUUCAUAGACUUGCAAUCCAGUAUAUCAUAUUCAUUAUAUUUCUUCAGUUAACAAGACAGUAAUAAAAAAAAAAAAUAUUUAAUUAGAAUUAGAAGGUACUAAUUUUAAUAUCAAUUUAUUUCGGGAUAUACUUUUUGUUUAAAAUAAUAAUUAAUUAUUAAUAAUUUAUGACAAAUAAUUAUAAUAAAUAAUUAAUAUCAAUCAUUCGCAAUUUUACUUUGAUAAUUAAUUUAAUCUCAUAUUUUAAAUAGAUUUAAUUGCAAAUGAAAUCUUAUUUUAUAGAUUUUCAUAUCCCAGAAAUUUCAUUAAAUCUUCUAAAAAAUAUAUUUAUAUGAUAUACAGUUAAUCACUACUUUAAGCUUAUAAUUAUUUCUGCUUUGAAAUUUAAUAUAUUUUAAAAACUCCUUAAUUAAUUCAAAAUUUCAAUUUGAUAAAUAUUUGCCAAAAUUAAUCAAUCAUUUAAUUAAGCAAAUAAAGUUUUAAUUUAAUUGGCUAAUAUUAUAUACAAUUACCUUUAAAUCAUGAUUUAAAUAUAAGUAUUUUUGAUAAUUCUUCAUUUAAUUUAUUUUGUAGGAAUUUAAAUAAUUUUAACCAUAUAGAUUAAACCUUAGUAUAUUAUUAAAGUGAUAAUUAAAAAUCUUUUACAUUAACAAAAACUAAAAAUUAUAUUCAUUACUAAAGUUGUGAUGGAUAAUUAUUACAUCAAAUCAAAACUUAAUAAAAUUAGGUAUUCUAAUACGGAAGUUCUAUUUUUAUGUGGUUAAAGGAUAAAAAAAUAUUAAGAUAAACAAUUUUUCUAGCUACUUAACCAGAGAAUUUUGAAUAUAGAUUUAAAAGUGAAAUAAUCAAUAUACUUUAAUUUUUAGAUAUUAUUAUUGUAUUCACUUAAAAUAGAGAAGAAAUUUAAUUAUUUGAUUUAUGUACAGCAUCUACUUUGAUGAUCGAUCAAAAAAUCAAAAAUAUCUUGGCCAAUCUGAAUCAAAUGUAUUUAUAAACAUAAAAAGAAACUUAAUAAUUUCAAGCAUUCUAUUUUGUAAAAUAUUAACCUUAACUUAUUUAAUUUAAUUAAUAUUUGAUAAUAGAUAAUCAUUCANAAAAAAAAAAAUAUUUAAUUAGAAUUAGAAGGUACUAAUUUUAAUAUCAAUUUAUUUCGGGAUAUACUUUUUGUUUAAAAUAAUAAUUAAUUAUUAAUAAUUUAUGA